CCUCUCAUGGUUUCACGUGGUGGUGUUUGUGGGUUUCGUGGAUCAGAAUUUUAACGAUGGCGAACUUGUACAUGAGAAAAGCAAGUAAAAGACAGUCUGCCAGACAUAGGUACAAAGUUGAGAAGAAGGUCAGGCAACACAAAAAGAAAGUAAAGAAAAUGGAAAAGAAAAAUGGUAGCAAAAAGAUGAAAAAGGAUCCAGGAAUUCCAAACAGUUUGCCAUUCAAAGAAAUUGUGUUAAAGGAAGCCCAGGAAAGGAAACAGCGGCUUGAGGAAGAACAACAGAAACGAAAACAAAAGCGGAAAAAGGAUAGAGAAAGAAAUCUAGCAAAGAAGAGGAAUUUAGAAGGGAUUUUGAAAGAUGCACAAAAACGAAGUGGGGAAUAUGAAAAGAAGAAAACAUCAGGAACAACAGCAGAAGGCAAAGCUUCAGGGAAAGCAGUGGAGACUUCACUUAAGGCAUUUUAUAAAGAAUUCAGAAAGGUCGUGGAUGCUGCUGAUGUGGUGCUGGAGGUACUAGAUGCUCGGGACCCUUUAGGGAGUAGAUGUGCCCAGAUGGAGGAGGCAAUCAUUAGCAGUGGUGCCAACAAACGCUUGGUGCUAGUACUCAACAAAAUAGAUCUUGUUCCUCGUGAAAAUGUAGAGGCAUGGUUGACUCACUUACGGAAUGAGUUCCCAACAGUGGCAUUCAAGGCUUCCACACAGACACAGGCUGAUAACCUGAGUCAGAAAAAGGUAACCUUGGCCACAGUGAGUGAAGAUGUUUUGAAGUCCAGUCAUUGUAUAGGAGCUGAGAUCCUGAUGAAACUGCUGGGUAACUACUGCCGAAGUAAAGACAUCAAGACAGCAAUACGCGUGGGUGUAGUGGGAUUUCCUAACACAGGGAAGAGCAGUAUAAUUAACAGUCUGAAGCGAUGUAAAGCUUGUAAUGUAGGAUCACAGCCAGGAAUUACCAGAGCCAUGCAGGAAGUGCAGUUAGACAAACAUAUUAAGCUGCUUGACAGUCCUGGGGUUGUCAUGGCGACAGGUGCUAGCGACAUGUCUGUGAUACUCAGGAAUUGUGUUAAGCUGGAAACUUUAGAAGAUCCGGUAGGACCAGUUGAGGCCAUACUGAAGCGCUGCUCCAAAGAACAG